CUCUAAUGAAGAUGAAUUUUGAAGAUGCUAGCAAAAAGCAGCGUAGAGAACAAAGUAUAUCUUUUAGGUACCGUUCUAUCCAUCUCACAGAAAGACUUUCAAGCAUAAGAAUGCUUUCUACCUUGUUCCUCAAUUCUUCUUUUGAUACAUCUCUCCAUUGUGGUACAAAAAUUAUCGACGGACUGGAAGUGUUUCAUGUAACAAAUCAUAGUGUGCCUUUUGAGAAACAAUAAUUGCAUUCGGUUGGUCUUUACAUUCUGUAACUUGUAAGUUGCGUGUCUACUGCUUUCAUUCAGAGAUAAAUUUGAAAAUGGUGAUAGAAUGUCAUCUCCUUCAUAGAAAGAUCCAAUUGAAAUAUGUAGACACAAAUGACACAAUGUUUCCUUCUUCAACAGUUUCUCUAGUUGAUGACUAAACUUCCAUAAUGUUAAUACAUAUAUAAGAGGCAAUAUCUCGUAGUCGAAGCGAAUCUCUCCUUGAAACCUCAAUGACACGUCAAUCUCUACAGGUCAUAUGAAGUUUGUUUAAAAAUUCAAGACUGAUAAGAUUUUCCUGGAUAAUAAUGAAAGAUAAAAUGACAACAAAUCCCUGGACUCAGGUUAAUAUCGUGUGAUUUUCUCAACUAUUCUGACUAGAUAUACUUUACCGCCUUGUUUGAUGAUGAGAUCCUAAGAACAACAAGUUGAAAUGUACGCAUCGUAAAAAUAGCAAACCUGGAAUUGUGAAGACCAUUUCAAUAAGAUGAUCUAAUUGAAUAAGAAGGUAAUGCCAUAUUCUUUCUGACGAUAAGUAGAAGAAGAUCCAAGACAAGCACGAGUAUAUGUGGCAACAAAUUGUCAAGUUUUGAAGAAUUUC